GGGAUCCAACACGACAACUUGUGAUUCUCGUUGAGGUGAAAGAGGCGUAGAAAUUGACAGGCUUCCAAAUCGCGUCUUUCAUGAUCGAGUCUUAUGGACAAUGGCAUCAAAAGCGGAGCAAAGAAACUUCAUUUUUGUUGUCAAGUUGUGUUUGUGAAUUUUGUUGCAAUGGUGAAGCAAAGCGAGGCAGAGAUAAGUCUUGAAGAAGGAGCCCCACAAGAGACUAUGUCAGCUGAACAGGAAACAAAGGAAGUUAGUUUGGAACAAAAGACAAACCGCUUUGCAAUUACAGGACAUACUGAAGAGGAAAUGGAUACUGAAUUAAAUAAGCUUGACGAAGAAAAUAAUAGACUAAGUAAGAGGAGAAUUCUGACUUCUACAGCUUUUGGUAAUCCGAAGCACUUCAUUUGGAUUCUUGCUUCGUUCGCGAGCAUGGGAGGAAUCUUAUAUGGUAUUGACCAGUCCUUAAUAAGUGGUGCUGGUAUCUAUAUGCCAGUAGACUUGAAUAUUGACCAGAGUAAAGAAGAUAUGGUAACUGGGUUUAUGCCUCUUGGUGGCGUAUUUGGUGCAUUGAUGGUAUGGCCGGUUAAUGAAUUGCUUGGACGGAAGUACACCAUCAUUGUCGCUUGUCUUCUGUAUACAGUCGGUGGUAUUUUAGAAGCUGAUGCUCAAUCGUUUGGUAUGAUGUUGCCUGGAAGAAUGAUUCUUGGAGCUGGAGUAGGUUUGGAAGCAGGAACGGUUCCUCCGUAUAUUGCAGAAUGUAGCACAAAACGUUGGAGAGGAGGUUUGGUGUCCUUGUAUCAAGUUAUGAUAAUGCUUGGCUUGUUAUUCGGUUACAUCGAUGCUGCCAUAUUUGUUGAUGUUUCUGGUAACUGGCGAUGGAUGCUUGGAUCUUCUUUAUUAUUUUCAACCAUCUUUCUCAUUGCAAUGUUGUUUUUACCUGAAAGUCCACGUCUUUUGAUGAGGAAAGGUCGGAAGGUGGAUUCUUAUGCCGUGUGGAAGAGAGUUCGAGGAUUUGAUGUCUUUGAAGAGAAAGAAGAAUUCUUCUAUAUGGAGCUUUGUGUUUUGGAGGAACGUGAGGCAGAAAAGUCACGCUUUGUCUGGUUUGACUUUAUCCGUAUUCCACGUUGUCGCAGAGCUGCAGUUUACGGUAUUCUCAUCAUGAGUGUUCAGCAGUUCUCUGGUAUCAAUUCUAUCAAUUAUUAUAUGGGAACACUGAUGGUAGAAACUGGUCUUUCAGCCCAGAAUGCAGUAUAUACCAGUAUGAUUGGUGGUGGCACUGGAUUUCUCUCCACGAUUCCUGCAAUAUAUCUGAUGGAUCGAUUAGGACGUCGUCCAUUAUUAUUAACACUUAUUGGAGGAGUUGUCGUGGGAUUGUUUAUCGUUGGUUUCUCAUUUCUUGCUUCAAAUAUUCAUACAAAGGAAGGUGUAUAUAUUUGGGGCGUUGUUAUUUAUUAUCUUUUCUGGGGCUCAUGUCUUGGACCUACUCCUUGGGUUGUUGCCUCAGAAAUCUAUCCUACUUAUUUAAGAAGUCACGGAAUGCUGCUUUCAGAUGUGACUAACUUUACUGGCAACUUUAUCACAACUUACGCAUUCAAACACAUGACAAAUGCCAUGACCAAUACGGGCACCUUUGUAGGUUUCUAUGGAGGUCUUACUUUAAUUGGUUGGAUUUAUCUGAUGUUCUUUAUGCCAGAGACUAAAGAUAAGACUCUGGAAGAAUUGAAUGAAGUAUUUGAAAAGCCCACGUCUGACAUUUUGAAAGAGAAUGUCGUUAGAGUGAAAGAAACUUGGGAUGAUUUGUUACAUAUGCGUUGGAGAAAUAUUUGGAUAUUAUCCAAGUAAGACAUUUUGGCGCCUUGUGUCUUUUGUGUCGUGUUUUU